CAAAUCUUCAUUGGAAACGACUAAAUGUUUACCUUACAUAGUUAUAGUUUAUAUUGUUGUUUCGUCGGUUAUGUGUAAGACUACACAAAAGCCACAAUGGUAAUGACUAAUAUUCCAUCUUCGAGAUAUGGGAGGCAAACCAAGUGUUCCGGAAAUCAAGAAGGAUGACUGGAAAGAUAUCGCUCUGCGUGCGCAUAACAAAGUCAGAAAGCUACACAAUGCACCACCUUUGAAAUAUUCCAAAGAUCUCAGCAUGUACGCCCAAAAUCAUGCACUUUAUUUAAAGACUAGAACAAAAGUACAUAGAAGUGGUAUGUACUGUUCAGGAGAGCAUAUUGGUGAAAAUAUAGCAGAACGUAAUUUACCAGCAUCCGUCAAAGAAUAUGGAGGGAAGGAGGUGACAAAAGACUGGUAUAAUGAAAUAGAACAGUAUAGUUAUUACGACAACGACCCUCCAAAUCGAACCAAGACAAAGUGCCGAAAUUUUACACAGUUGAUCUGGAAGGACACAAAGGAAGUAGGAUUUGGUAUGACAGUGAAAGGGAAGCGCGUGAUUGUAGUGGCAUGUUAUAAACCUGUCGGUAACGUAAAAGGAAAAUAUCACGAACAAGUUUUGCCACGUUUAGUUCAGGAACCAUCUGAAAGAAGAUUUUCAAAGUGUUUAUCUCCACGUGAUAACGAAUCAGAUGAGGAUGAUAAUAUUUGACAUUAGUAUCAAUAAUAAUAUUCACGGUACCAAUUUUUAUAAAAUGUACCAGAUGCGCAUUUCUACUAUUUCCUUCAGUGAUCCUCAAGCAAUCGGGAUGCUUUUAUGUAUUCCUUAUAAAUUGCAAACUCAUUGAUAAAAUUAGUUUUCUUCAAUGUUCAGCACCUCUUAAGUAUUAGUUUAUAAAUUAACAAUAAGCUUUUCAGUUAUUGUGCUGUUCCUAGGUUUAUGGAGCUGCCGUUUGGUUUUUAUUGGGUGAGGACUAGGAUACCAAAUUUUGUAGUGCAUUUAUUAUAGUCGUAAUCUCUGUCAUUCCUUUUUAUUUUUAACUCUAUUAGGUCCUACCUUUUUUUUAGUUUACCCUCUACCUUC